UGACAAGACUGACUUGACUGCAUGCAAACCAUUAAGUUCUCAACAGUGCAGCAAAAAGUAAGUAAUGCAUUGAUGCAGAUGCAGUGAAGGCAAUGCGAAUUCAAACCGCGUAUUUUUUUAAUAAAAGUUGUACAUACUAUAAAUGCAAAAAUAAAUAUGUCUGACGAAGAAGAAAUAGAAUACUUAGAUGAGGACGCUGAAAUCGUUCAGCAGUGCGUGCAAAAAUCAACCGAGAAUCAAUUUCUCGAAACAAAACCUAUAACCCCAUUGUUGGUUGAGAGGCCAGCAAAGAAGAAAAAGCGAAAAAUCGAAGAAGAUGACUCCGAUUACGACCCUCGGGAUGACAUCGUGCCACCGCCAAGUAAUCGUAACAAGAAGAAGAAGUUAAAUCCUGCACGGAAUGUAACAAAAGUUGGUCCAUCUGUUCGCACAUAUCCUGUGGUACAACAGUUAAUACGCGCUAAGAAGCCGGUACUCGCGUACGCUGUGCCGAAAAUUCGUCGAAAUAUGAAAAUAUUCAUACCGGACUAUCCUGAUCCCCUGUGUUUGCCUGUAAGAGCCAUAAUGCGAACGGAUACAGACAGAAGAAAAUUGAAGUCUUGGAAUAAUGCUUGUAUAUCACAUUUGAAACAUGCUGACAAAAUGUUGAAGCCCGAGAAAGGUGUUACUAAAGGAUCGUCGAGAACCGUAGUUUUGAGGAAUUUCCAAAACAGACAAACUGGCAAGUAUGAGACAGCUGUGUGGGCCAAAACAAGUGUAAUAAAUGAUAGUGGAAUCACAAAAUCCCAGAAUUUCCAGAGUAUCCUACCAAAUUUUUCCGAGAGGACGGUCCUUAAAGUAAAUGCUAUAAACAGAAAGCCUAAAAAAUUCCACCGUGUUGAUGAGGUGAUACUGACGAAGGAAAACUAUGACAAUGAAGAAUCGUUGGUUGUAUACAAACCUAAGCAAUGUAUUUUGGCCGUGUAUCAAAUGAUUACACAAGAUGACAGCUCAGUGGAGGCGGCGGGCGCGCGCGCGCGCCUGCGCGAGGCCGCGUGCGGCGCCGCGUGCUGCGCGUGCUACCAGCUCUCGUGGCGGGCGCUGGCGCCGUCGCACGACGCACGCAAUAACGUUCGCUGCCCAGUAUGUUCGCGAACGUUCGUCAGUCUAUACAACCUGCUCACGCACGUUCGUUCGCAUUCGUCCGAGGACGUGAGGAAACAUAAGCGGCAGUUUGUUACAUUGCUUGCACGGAUGGUGCCGUAUCACUACAAGUGUCGUAUCUGUCAGAAACAGCUCCCGAGCAUCGCCAAGCUGAGACAACACGUUGCAGGACACAAGGGUCUUGAAAAGUUCGUGUGUGAAAUUGGGAAUCACGUGACCAGUUAGCGCCUAAGUAUACUUUUAGUUAAUUAUCUUGAAUAUGAGUUGAUGAAAUAAAAUUAAACUUGUGAAAA